GCUUCUUCUCACUGUACUCGUACUGGUCCGCAUGUCGCAAAUUAUGGUAGCUGAGACGAACCAAUAAACAGCCACAGCACAGCUGCACCAGCUAUCCGGAGACGCGGCCGGCCUCCACUAAUGAUGCUACUGCCAGUAUGGGUAACGAUGGGGCUUUGGUGCAGGUGCAAGUGCAGACAGCAGCUGCACGACGUGCGUUUCAGAGCCCAGCCACAAGCCACGGCACUUACGCGGGAUCGGAAAGCUGAUUUUAUGCUUGUCUGUUGGACGAACGAUGCGAUCAAUUUUGGCUGCAGUAACAACAACAACAAGAUGAUCAGCACUCUCACCGUUCGUACAGGCAUAACAGUAGCAAACAAACAAAAACAGCCGCAAGCCAACGAACGAACAGGCAGCUUAUCGCCAUCAACCAAAGACAAGAGACGCCGUGCCACUACUGCGCAACUAUUGGACGGCUUUGGUGCUAAGGGGGGGCCCGAGCUCAUUUCAAAAAUUAACGAAAUGGGGAUCCCCCGGUUCGCGGUUGAUGAAGAACAGAGUCCAAUACGGAGCCCUCUCUCUGCCGUUGGCCUGUCGAGAGACCCCUGGUUCCGGGAUGGGGAGCUUGCAGGGGUUCGUUAAUGGCCUAGCUAAACCCCCUUAAGCCAACUGGGAC